UCGCGGUUUGUGCGCAGGCGCAGAGGCUGGUCUACCGGAGAGUUGGUCGGUGUUUGCUCUCGACUGAGACGGGAGUCGGGUGUAACGUGUAAAGAGGGGCCUUGGGUCCGAGCGGCCCAGGUCUGCGCUCAUGGAUCCAAGUGAGCCGAGAAAUGUGCUUGAAGUGCCUGAAGGUUCCCAGCGGGGGAGUGUAUCCUCAUCUGUGACUAGACACCCAGAAGUACUGGUUUACCUGGUGAAUGACACUGUUAUUCAGGUUUCUGUGGAGAGUCUGACAGCCCUUACAGCGGGGGAGCUUGCCAGAACUGUUCGGGAAUCACUGCAGUUGCCUGAUCAGGCACAAGAGAUUUUCUCAUUGUGGCUCAUUUCGCCUUUCUUAGAGCUGCAACUAAAACCCAAGCAUCAUCCCUACAAGGUCAGCCGGCAGUGGCCAGAUCUGCUUUAUCGAUUUACCAAAUGUUCUGUUGAUGAAAUUGUUCAUGAUGAACCAUCUUUGCAGUUUCGAAAGAAUGUGUUCUUUCCCAAAGGCAAGGAGUUACAAAUCGAGGAUGAAGGCAUCCUCCGAUUGUUGUAUGAAGAGGCCAAGUUUAAUAUUCUGGAGGGCCGGUACCCUUACGACAUGGAGGAUUGUCUCAAGCUGGGCGCCCUCACUUGUCGAAUUGAGCUUGGUCCCUUCAAUCAGGACCAGCACAACCUGGCUCUCAUCAGGGAGAAAAUUGAUACGUGUCUUCCCACUCAUCUGUGCAAGAAGCACGGUGGGUUCCUGGCAGCAUUCCGGUCCCGAGGAGCCAAGCAGCACGGCUACGAAGAGGAACUCCUGGAGUCCUUCAGGCAGCUAGUGGACGAUGCAGCGCGUGAAGAGCCAGAGACACUAAAGCUACACUACCGAUCAUAUCUGGAAAAGUGUCAUCUGCUACGCUACUAUGGCUCUGCGAUGUUCACUGGGGAGAUUGAUAAACCAGUGCAGAGCUUUCUGCAUCGGAAUGGGCGCAAAAUAGUAACCAUCGCAAUCAGUUUGGACGGUGUGUCUGUCAUGGACAGUAAGGAGAAGUGCGUGCUUUUGACCCUGUGUUUUCAUGAACUGUCGUGGGAGUACACGUCCUCGGAGGACGAGGAGUCUGAUGACAUCUUGUGGCUGGAAUUUGAUGGAGAGGAAGGAGGAGCUGUUGUGAACAAGCUUUUGAAGGUCUAUUCCAAACAGGCGGAGCUGAUGAGUGGAAUGAUAGACUACUGCAUUGACUUCAACAACACCUUCGAGGUGCCACCGGUGCAGGACGUCGUUGCUGCAAAGCCACCGAGACCAAAGGAGAAACGCGGCAAACUGAAGAGGCAGAACAGCGUGGUGUGCAAUCGGAUCCAGCAGCUCUCUACCAUAGACUAUGUAGAAGAGGGUCAAGAGAUCAAGCGGGUGAAGCCAAAGAGGGCGGCAUCAUUCUUUACACGUCAGAUAUCCCAGGGUCCAGUCUCUUAUACUGCCGUGGAGGUCACAGAGACUCUGGAACAGGGCUGACCCAGCCUGCGGAGACACAAAGAUUUCCAUGGGAGGGGAGGGAGUGAAUGAUUCGGGU